AUGGGUACCAAAGUUAGAGGUAGAAGAGCUCAAAAAGAGCAAAAAUCAAAAGAUGCUGCUGAAGAACAAGAAUUAAAAGUUUAUAAAGAAAGUUCAUCAUUAAACAAUGAAGAAUCUAAUGAAGAUUCUAAACCAAUUAAUGAACCAAACACCUUCUUCGGUUUAGUUGAUACUACAGAACUUGACUAUUUCAAACAAGCUGAAGCUACUUUAAACGCAGAUGCUUUUGAAAAUGAAGCUGAUAGAGCUGGUUUUGUUGAAAGUGUAUUAGAAGAAAGUAAAGGUAAAGAAUUAAAAUUAGUUACAAAUCAAAUUUGUUCCAAAUUAAUUGAAAGACUAAUCUUACAUUCUACAGAUGAACAAUUAAAACGUCUUUUUAAGGCAUUUGAAGGUCAUUUUCUUUCUUUAAUCUAUCAUAAAUAUUCAUCACAUUGUGUGGAGACUUUAUUAGUGAGGACUGCAGCUUUAAUUGAAAAAGAAUUAUUAAAUCCAGUUUCAAAUUUUGCAAAUGAAGACAAUUAUGUUACAAUGGAAAAUUUAUUUUUAUUCUUUUUAAAUGAAAUUAAAUCAAAUUUAAAAGAAAUGAUAAUUCAUCAAUAUGCUUCACAUACUUUAAGAUUAAUUAUCUUGAUAAUUUCAGGUAAAGAAUUACCAUCAACCACAAUGUCAAAUUCAACUUUAAGAAGUAAAAAAUCUAAAAUUGCAAGAAAAAUGAUUGAAAUUAAAGAUAAUCAAGAUUUUGAUAGAGCUUUCCAAAUCCCAUCAUCAUUUAAAGAUGAAUUGAAAGGUCUCUUGGAUAGUAUAAGAUCCAAACUUGAUAGAAAGACCGCAAGAGAAUAUGCAAUUCAUAAAGUUGCCUCCCCGGUAUUACAAUUAUUAAUUCAGGUUGAAGGUAUUGUUGAUAGAGAUAGACAAAUUUGGCAUUUAAUUUUCUUAAAAGAUGAUGAAGAAUCAGAUUCAACAGAAUCAGCAUUUGUGGAAUAUUUAUUAUCAGAUCCUGUUGGUUCACAUUUUUUCGAAAAUUCUAUAAGAGAUCAAAGAUUAAAAUAUGUUGAAAGACUAUACAGACUAUAUAUGAAGGAAAGAAUCUUAAAGUUAGCCAAGAGAGAUACAACAGGUAGUUAUGUUGUUCAAAUUUUAUUGAAAAAAUUAAAACAAAUUGAAGCUAGAGAAAUCUUGAAUCAAUUAAUUCCAGAAAUGAGUGUUUUAAUGAAUACAAAUUUAGAAAUGGGUAAAUCUAUAAUUGAUGCAUCAACUCAACAUAAAGAAUACAAAAAACCAUUAAUCAUUGAAGAAUUAGUUAAAAAAUAUAGACCAAAUGAAGAAUCAAACAUCUUGGAAACUAUUUUACAAUUAUCAACAUCAACAUUAGGUAACACAAGAGAUGAUUGGCCAACAGCAGAAGAAAGAAGAAGAGCUUUAUUUUUGGAAAAAUUAAUUGAAUAUGAUACAAGUUUUUUAAACUUAACAAUUGAUAAUUUAUUAACAUUACCAAAAGAAAGAUUAAUUCAAAUGUGUAAACAUGGUGUUUUCUCUCAUGUUGUGGAAAAUGUCUUAUUACCAGAUGCAGAAAUCAUCAAGAGAAAAAAAUUAUUAAAUCAAUUUAUGGAAUCUAUUGUGGAUUUAUCAUGUAAUGCAUAUGGUUCACAUAUUGUUGAUAAAUUAUGGGGUUUCACUUUAAAAUUAAAUAUGUACAAGGAAAGAAUUGCAGCUGAAUUAGUUGGUGAAAAGGAAAAAGUUAAAGAAAGUACAUAUGGUAGACAAGUUUGGAAAAACUGGUCAAUGGAAUUAUAUGUUAGAAAAAGAGGUGAUUGGAAAUAUAAAAUUAAAGAAGAAGAAUUUUCAAAAUUCCCUGAAAAGAAACCUGAAAAUCAAGUUAAUGCUUCAUCAAAUGAUCAUAAUAAUAAAAGAAAAUUUGAAAAUGAUGAAAGUGCAAAUAAGAAACAAAAAGUUAGAGGUCGUAAUCGUAAAUAG